UGCUCUUUGUUGAUAUCAGAAACGGGCCUGUCAUUCACUCUGGCGUUGAAGCAUGGCCUAUCUAGGGAGCAGGAUGAGGACUUUUUUUCCCCUCCCACAAGGGCUGGACAGUUUCUACAGGCUCAGAAAGCCCUGAGCAGUUUCUCUGGAGUUUCUCCUCCUUUUUCUCUCGGAAAUUCAUGGUGCAUUUGCUCUGCUUUUAAAAUGCGUUAAGGUCUUCUUUGUGACUUGGAGCUAGCAGACAGCUGGACAUGUAUAAUUCGAAUUAUGCAGGUCUUGUGAGUAACAUCUCACUUGUUGCAUAUCCAGUUUCCAGCACCAACUCACCAACAAAGAUUUUACCAAAAACCUUAGGGCCAAUAAAUGUGAAUGUUGGACCCCAAAUGAUUAUAAGCACACCACAGAGAAUCACCAAUUCAGGAAGUGUUCUGAUUGGGAGUCCAUAUACCCCUGCACCAGCAAUGGUCACCCAGACUCACAUAGCUGAGGCUACUGGCUGGGUUCCCAGUGAUAGAAAACGAGCUAGAGAAUUUAUAGACUCUGAUUUUUCAGAAAGUAAACGAAGCAAAAAAGGAGAUAAAAAUGGGAAAGGCUUGAGACACUUUUCAAUGAAAGUAUGUGAGAAAGUUCAGCGGAAAGGCACGACAUCCUACAAUGAAGUAGCUGAUGAGCUGGUGUCUGAGUUCACCAAUUCAAGUAACCAUCUGGCAGCUGAUUCGCAGGCUUAUGAUCAGAAGAACAUUAGACGAAGAGUUUAUGAUGCUUUAAAUGUGCUAAUGGCAAUGAACAUAAUUUCAAAGGAAAAAAAAGAGAUCAAGUGGAUUGGCCUGCCUACCAAUUCUGCUCAGGAGUGCCAAAACCUGGAAAUAGAGAAGCAGAGGCGCAUAGAGCGGAUAAAGCAGAAACGAGCCCAGCUGCAAGAGCUUCUCCUGCAGCAAAUUGCUUUUAAAAACCUGGUACAGAGAAAUCGACAAAAUGAACAACAAAACCAGGGCCCUCCAGCUCUGAACUCCACCAUUCAGCUGCCAUUUAUAAUCAUUAACACAAGCAGAAAAACAGUCAUAGACUGCAGCAUCUCCAGUGACAAGUUUGAAUAUCUUUUUAAUUUUGAUAACACCUUUGAGAUUCAUGAUGACAUAGAGGUACUGAAACGGAUGGGAAUGUCCUUUGGUCUGGAGUCAGGCAAAUGCUCUCUGGAGGACCUGAAAAUCGCAAAGUCACUGGUUCCAAAAGCUUUAGAAGGCUACAUCACAGAUAUCUCUACAGGACCUUCUUGGUUAAAUCAUGGACUGCUUUUGAACUCUAGCCAAUCGGUUUCAAAUUUGGACCUGACCACUGGUGCCACUGCACCCCAAUCAAGUGUAAACCAAGGGUUGUGCUUGGAUGCUGAAGUGGCCUUAGCAACUGGGCAGUUCCUUGCCCCAAACAGUCACCAGUCCAGCAGUGCGGCCUCUCACUGCUCAGAGUCCCGCGGCGAGACCCCCUGUUCCUUCAACGAGGAAGAUGAGGAAGAUGAGGAGGAGGAUUCCUCUUCCCCAGAAUAAAGACAGGAGAGAACUCGUGUUUUAAUACCUGAUGCUCAUGUGUGUCUUUAGUGUGAGCUCUUGUGUUUUGAAAUGAUUGCUUCAGUCUUUGCCUUUGUUUGCAUUUGUGUUUAGUGAAAACUAGAGAAACACAAGCAGCAAAUUUUAUGAAGGCCGAGAUGAUUGAAAUGGAAGUUAACAUAGCGUGAAGGAAACCUGAGCAGUAGGGCACGUCG